AGGGGGGCUCACCCCGCAAUUUAUCCCCCCGCCUAGCGUCGAUCCCGAGCCCCGACCAAGCGCUCCCCACGUCUUCAAAAGGCCAUGUAUCCCGCGGGAUUCAACUCUCUUCAUUCCACCCCCGCAAAAUCGUACGGUCGUCUGCUCACCCCGCUCCCAUUCCGGCAAGCAAACCCACAGCCAACGGCCCAUUCAGAGUCAAGUUGAUUACUCUCCGAGGUAAAGCAGAGAGGAGCGUCAACGGCAAACAAGGGCACAGUCACACACCGCAACACACCCAGAGAUACCGGAACAGAUGGGCUCACAGUCGGAUGACACUCGGGCUUCUGCGUAGGACCUCGGCGGGCGAGAGAGAGGAUACGAGUAAACAUAAGGCUCCAGUCCCCUCCUCCGGCGGCCGGGACCGUACAUGAAGCCCCGACGCUGCUGUGACGCCUGCCGGCGGCGUCACCGUAAAUGUGUUGUCCAACCCGGCGCGACGGGUUGCGGCGCCUGUAUCGAGGCUGAUCUCGAGUGUCACUUUGACACGACGUUACGCUUUAAGCAUGCGCCGGGUAGCUCCAGAAAGGCAGCUCUCUCCGGGGACAGAGUUCAAAAGGCGGAUCACCGAGCCCGACGCAAGAGCGAAGUUAGCCGUGUAGACGAUGCAGCAUCCGAGGCAUCCUCAUCACCGGCGGUCCAGUCCGUCCGUACAGCGGGCGAUAGAAGCAACAGCUUUACAUCCCACCCAUCUCCGCACGGCUUGACGCCAUACGAAGGACAGCUCAACUUCGAUUACUCACCGCCGGCAACGCACGCGUUUCGGGCCGAGGCCCCGGCACAACGAUUCACCGGACAUGGAUCUCACGGCGACGGUAGUGCGCCCAUCGGCUUUGUGUUGAACAGCGGGCCGCCGCAGGAAAACCGACAACACCGGGAUAGCUUCACUUCAAGCCCUGGGUAUCUCGACUCCUCGCGAGAUGGCAUCACCUCGGACAGCGGGCAGUGGCAAUCGGGAGAGGUGCAGCCACAGCUCCAGAUUUCAUAUCUCUUGGGGGACUCGCCGUCAACGCAGGCCGGGUCUUCACACCAGAUUGCCUCGGAGCGUGCUGAGAGUCUCAUUUCGGAUGCAGAAUUCCGUAUUCAACCCGUGGACCCCGAACAUUGCGGAUUCACCGGACGACAGGCCUUCUUAUUCCGCACGUAUAUCUUGAGAAUCGCGCCGUCGAUUGAUGCGUGUCAUGAUGCUCGCCCCUUCACCCUUGACGUCCCCCGCCUCGCCCUUCGCAAGCCGAUCUUGCUCAACGGCAUCUUCGCCUUAGCCAGUCGUUUCGACACACAGGGGAACGACGACAUAAACGAAAAAUCCGAUUUGGAGAGCACGUACUACCACAAUCGCUGCAUCGAACUGCUCAUAGAAGCAUUCUCCCAACCUCCAGAGACGUGGGAUUCGAUUCUACUGACGGCCGUCGUGAUCAUGCGGCUAUACGAAGAGUACGACAACGAGACAGACUCCCAUUACCAUCACCUUCGCGGCACGAGAAACCUGCUUAAUCACGACGCCAUUGCCCGUUUCGUGACGCAAGGUGGGCUGGCUGAGGCCGCGAGUUGGGUCCACCUACGACAAGCACUCUAUGUGUUCCUAGUUCGCAGGACGCCAAUCGAAAUAUGCCUAGAAAACUUUGAGAGGUCUUCUACGUUUAGAAGUAACGAUGACACCGCGCACGCGAACCGGAUCGUCUACCUGUUUGCGAAAGUGCUGAAACUCUUCUUCCCGGAAGACGGAUCGGGAUUCAGCACGAGCAGCUCAGAAACUUGGGAGGAGUUGCAGAAUGAUGUCGACGCAUGGUUCAAGGAGAAGCCACUCUCUUUCCAGCCCCUUUUCUAUGAACGGGCGGAUGUGGCCAAAGGAAGACCGUUCCCGACCUUGUGGAUGGCCGCAGAUCCAGGCACCGUUGCACUCGGGUAUUACUACGCUUCGAAAGCGAUAUUUUCCUUUCAGGAUUACAAUAGCUCAAAUCCGACAGCAGGAUUUGAGGGAACGAAGAAGAGGAUGGACAGCGAGCGUGAAAUCACGUUCUAUUUAUGUAUGCUCAUGGGCUUGGCCCGGUCCAAUGAGGCUGUCAACGCAUACUACUUGCCCGCACAUAUGCUGUCUUUGUGCGGCCAUUUAAUAAGACAUUCCCUUGAACGAGAACAUACAAUCAAGUAUCUCGCACAAGUAAGGACCAUCGUGCAAUGGAAGACAGGGGCGUUGGUAAAGACUUUGAAGGAGCAAUGGUCACAACUUGAUAGCUUUCAAUCAAGAUGAUUCAAUUUCACUGGCUAUGCGUCAUGGUCAUUGUCGACU